AUGUACAUCCUUGGAUCUCUCGCCGCAGUUCUCAUUGCCUCCAAGGGCGCUUUGGCCGUCGGAAGCCCGUUCGGAUACGCCACAGGCACUACUGGUGGAGCUAGUGCCGCUCAGGCAAUCCCCACAUCGGCUGCUCAGUUAAAGAGCUGGCUCGAAGACAACGUAACACGCAACAUUCUACUCGACAGGACCUAUGAUUUCACAGACACUGAGGGCUCGGUAACGGAAACCGGGUGCAAGCCUUGGACCUGUUCCCCCAACCCGCAACUAGCAAUCAACGCGAAUAACUGGUGCUCGGCAGACGCUGCCAAGGUCUCAGUAACAUACAAGAAGGCUGGAACUAGCGGUAUCAUUGUCGGCUCCAACAAGACCAUUCUUGGUAAAGGAACCUCAGGAUGGAUCAAGGGCAAAGGUCUGAGGCUGGUUGGAAGCACCAAUGUCAUUAUUCAGAACAUCCGCAUCUCCGAUCUUAACCCGCAAUAUGUCUGGGGAGGAGAUGCCAUUGGUCUGGAGGGCGCCAGCAAGAUUUGGAUCGAUCACAACUACAUUAAGAGCACCGGGCGCCAAUUCAUUGUUAGCCACUUUGACCCUAACACUCAAGUCACAAUCUCAAACAACUACUUCGACGGUGAAAGCACUUGGUCCACCGGCUGCGAUCAGCACCAUUACUGGGCAUUCUACUUCGUUGGCAAGGCGGACCAGAUCACUUUUGCCAGGAACUAUAUCUACCACACUGCCGGACGUGGUCCCAAGGUUGGAGGCACAUCUGGCUAUAAUCAAAGCGUCCACGUCUAUAACAACUACUGGAACGACGUGACCGGCAACGCUCUCGAGCCCAGCACUGGAGCUCGUGUACUGCUGGAAGGUAAUGUAUUCAAUGGGGUCAAGACUCCCUCCACAGGUGAUUCAGCCGGAACGGUCUUCGCGCCUACUUCUUCGAGCAUGAACGCGCAAUGUUCCAGUGUGAUCAGCCGAAACUGUGUUUCAAACACUCUCACCGGGGGCUCGGGAAGUCUGUCGAACACUGCAAAUACAGCUGCUAUCAGCCCCUUCACCGCUUCGACUGUUAAGAGUGCUUCGAUCAUGGACCCUUCUUCGGUUGUUUCCUAUGUCUUGGCGAACGCCGGGCUUGGCAAGGUCAACUAA